GGGGGGUGCAGGACUGCUGGAGUCGGGCCUCCUUUUAAAACAAAAUUAUCGGGUGCAUGUGGGUGCGUGUGUAUGUUUACAGACGCCGUAGCCACCAGAUCCUAAGGAGAGAAGCGGGUCCUUCUCGGUGCCCGGCGGCAGUGGCUCUCUCCCGGCAGCUUCUGGCAUAAAUAGACAGGAACCCGCCGACCGCCCGCAGCCUGCGCCCCGCGUCUGGCCGGGAGAGGCACCUCCCGCCGCGGCCAAAGGAAACUUGAUGCGGAGCCCGGCGGCGGUCCCAGGGCUCGCCCGCCUGCCGGGCUCGGGGAAGGGUCGCGGGCGUCGGGUGCCAGCGGCCGGGGCCGGCGGGCGGGCUCGGAACCCGGCUGGGCGCCGGGCCUGGCCGGCGCGCCCGGCUUCCUGGGGGCUGGGCCGCUGCCGCCACCGCCCGGGAGGGACGCCGCGUCCUCCUUCCCGCCGGCCAGCGCCCGGGCUGGCCCUGGGGCCUUGUCGAUGCACUUGUCCCGGCGCGCCGGGGGCUCAGGCGGCGCGUCCUGGGAGGGCGCCGCGCCCAGGGGUCAGCGGCCCCGGCCGCGGCCUAGCGCCGGGCGCCUCCGGGUCCCCGCGGGCGCCCCCGGGCCGGCCUCGCGCGCUGGGCCUGACCCGCCUCGGCUACGGAGCGGGCGAGGUGGGGGCGGGGAGCCUCCGGGGACCGAGCGGCGCCCUGCUGGCAAGCCCGGGUGCCGGCUCCCCUGGGGGUCCCGGGGCGCGGGCGGCGGCGGGGUGGGGACGCGUGUGCCCGCCCCGCGCCCUCCGAUCCCGCUCGGGGCGCCGAGUGGCAUUCGCCCGCCGGCCAAACGUGGUUGGUGCAAAGCCGCGGCCGCCACUUCCUUUCCGCCUCGCGGGCCGGGCUCGCCCACCAAGCGAUGCCCGCUGUGGCCGAUCGUGGCGCCCGCCCGCUCGCGGGGCUACGGCCUGGGACCCGGCCCCGAGAGGGCUCGGGCAGCCUUUCCAAGUUCCAGGGGCUUCAGGAUGCAACUCAUCCCCUUCCGAGGACGCGCUGGCGUCUGGGUUUGGGCCGCACGUGUGGCUGCGUUGGCCGCCCUCACCCCCUUGCCCCUUUAGAGGGGAAGAAGGGGGCAGGAGGCUGGCAGCCGGAGCCGGGCUCAGAAACGGUCUUCCCAGCGCCGGACGAGGUGCCCGAGUCAGUCGGUGUAGGCAGGACCCCUGGUCAUCGGCUGUGAACGUGACCCCUGGGACUGGCAGUCGAGGUUGCCCCAUACUUGCGGCUUGGCUUUUAGUAGUUUUCACCCCCUCUGUAUAGUGUUUGUAACUUAGGGAUAUUUUACCCGCUCCCUUCCCCCAGUGUGGGCUACGGGUAGUGCUCCCAGCCCUGGGUUAAGAAAAUUCGGAGGUUUCCUAGUUGAGGAAAAGUGCCAGCAUUUACCUUCUGCCACUGGCCUCCCUGUUGCUGUGACUAGGUCUGCUUUUGAUGAAUGGCAAGGGAGGGUGGAGGAUAGUUACAUUUCCUGUUGUGGAUUUUCAGGAAUCACCGAGGUUGCUGUCAAGCUUGCAUUCACUUAUUAGUUUUCAAACCGACUGCAGAUAACAUUGGAACUUAGCAGCCUGAGCUUUUUUUGGUGUUUAAGGCAGGUGCAGACAGGGGGCUGGUGACAGACUGGAACCAGGUCGAUGGUCUUGAAGUUAGGCAGGCGCAUGCUCCGCUCCCUUACCAAGACCUGGAGGGUGACCUCUGUUUAAUCCCAUGCACACACAUUCAGGACUUUCUAGUUUUCUCACCCCACCCCCAUCAUUCCUUUUUUAGAGGGGGGGAAAGGGUAGAAAUAGAAACCUAAGAAAUCCUGGAAAAACUUGUGUUUUCUAAGGAAACUUCAACAGAUGGACGGUUUAGGACUCAACCAGGCAUUUUGAAGCGGUAAAGUUGGAAGGAACAUCUAUCGAUUGAUGGGGCAGAGUCCAGAAUUUCACUGUAAUUAGUGAAUGAUUAUAAUUUAUAACUCAGCUUGUUGUGUAAGAAGUUAGAUUUUGGUUUCCUAGAUCCAAGAGUUCUUUGCUGUUACAAUUUGUAACUGCUUCUUAAUAUUAAACGUUUACAUAUUUCAUUCUCAAUGAGUUGAGUUUUUUUCUUUUGACCUUCAAAAGUUAGAGAUAAUUCUGCAUAUUUCAGACCGACUUACCAGUAAAAAUGUCAUCAUAACCAAAAGUAAGGGUUUGUAGUUUAAUUGGAAGCCAGUUAUGGCAAACAAAAAGUCCUGACAGCUCAGUGAACCAUGACCCCACUUUUCUCUUUCUCUGCUUUCCCGAGGACUUUAUUAGGCAAAUAUUCAGUAUACCAAAGCUAGCUAAAGAUGUUUAAACAUAGUAGUGGAAAAUUUGAAACUCUGGAUGUUUAACAUUUGACGUGGGUCGAUUUUCUUGUGUUUUCAAGGACACUGUACUUUUAUUCUUAGUAUUACGGCAUAUAAGCUUCGUUGUUUUUAGAGCAUUUUCACACAAUUUCCUUUUGAUAGAGAACAGACCACUGAGCUCUAAAUGGGGUAUCUGGGACAUGGUUCCGUUAUGUGCUUUAUACCAAAAAAAGGCUUAAAGCAAAUAAGGGACUUUAUUCAUUUAAUAACUAUUCCUAGAACAUUCACGGUGCCCCAGACACAGUGCUUGUUCUGUGGAUUCAACUGGGAACAGGAAGACAAUUUCUUUACCUUCUGGGGAGAUUGCAUUCUAGCUGAUGAGCUGACAAUUCCUAACUAAAAAUAAAUACAAUAAUUACCUUUUCCAGUGAGUUCUGUGGAAGGUGAUAAUACUUAACUGUAUAUCUGAUAGGGUUGCAAAGGGAACAAGUGAGAUACUGUUAUGAAAGAAGGUUGCAUAAGUUACAGCAACCUACAAAUGUAUAAGGUGUUCACUUUCAGAAUUCUGUCAGAUUAUUCUUCAUUUUAAAAGCCAGGGAGGGAGUUCCCUUCAUGGCUCAGUGGUUAACAAACCCAACUAGGAUCCAUGAAGACACGGGUUCGAUCCCUGGCCUCGCUCAGUGGGUUAAGGAUCUGGCGUUGCCGUGAGCUGUGGUGUAGGGGGCAGAUGCAGCUCAGAUGUGGCACUGCUGUGGCUGUGGUGUAGGCCGGCAGCUAGCUCCAAUUGGACCCCUAGCCUGGAAACUUCCAUAUGCUGCAGCUGUGGCCCUAAAAAAAAAAAAAAAAAAAAAAAAAAGCCAGGAAAUCAUCACUGUGGCUUAAACAUUGACUUUUCAGCAAGAAGGGAUUUUACUUGUUCUGGAAGUGUAUAGAUAAUGGUAAGGAAUUUAACACAGAAUAAUUAUUUUAUGUGAAGCAUUAAAGUAUUUAACAAAUGAAAUAUGUUAUUGCCAGUGAGUUAUUUAUUUAUUUUUUUUUCCUGUCAGGAAAGAAGUUAGAUGGUGUCCAUGGAGACCAGAUGAUAUGGAAAUAAAAAUGAUUGAACUAAUGUAUUUUCCCUCUUUAUAUCAGGAGGAAAUCUUCCCAAGCUCACUGUACUUUAGUCUGAAUUUUCUUCAUCAGUACUGAAAACCCUUCAGUUCAUUACAUGUUAUUACAGAGUAUGCCCUUAACUGAUUUUAGUUUUUGCUAUAAUAUCUUUAAAGGGAGUCUGUUAACUUGCAUUUAUUUUUUGAAAGCU